AUGCCAGUAGAAGUGGAAAUUAUCGAGAAACUUCGAUCGAAGAAAAAAGUCGCCAAGUCAGCCAUUACAAGGAAUGUAAAUCGCGUUAGGGAGCUAAUAAAUAACAAAGAAAGCGUUUCUAAGGUACGUCAGUAUGCUAAAAAUAUUGAAGAAGCUAGAGAAAAGUUUCGGAUUGUAAUAAACGAACUUGAACAAGCCGAUCCAUCGUCUAUUGUAGCCGAUGGCGAAUGGCUUGUAGAGGUCGAGUGUGAUGUGACUGAUGCCCUAGGGGAAGUAGCUGAUUAUUUGCAAGAAUCAAGCCAAACAGAGCCCCAAAACCCCUCGAUAAGUAACGAAGAACAGUCGUCUAGUGAAAAUUCUACAGUUAUAGCAGGGAACAGUCGUUCUAGUUGUCUUAAAGGGGAAAAGAUUGCAGUGUUUGAUGGAAGUCCAGAAAAAUGGCCAUAUUUUUGUGGUAUAUUCAGUUGUGUACAAUAAUAAGUCUCUUUCUGAUGCGAUAAAACUAGCACAUUUGAACAAUUCUAUCAACGAUAGAGUGAGAGAAGUUAUUGCCUGUUUGACCGGGGAACCGGGUGACUACCAGAAAGCAGUUAAGUUACUUAGUGAUAGAUAUGGGGACCCCGUGAAGUUGUAGAUGCACAUUUGCACGCAUUAUCAAUUGGCAUAAUAUUAAGGAAAAGGAUCACGAUGCAUUUGAGCGAUUUGCUGACGCCUUACAAGCAGCAGUAUUUGCUUUAGAUAAGCCAGAUUAUAGACAUGAGUUAAGUAGCAUGCCUCUUUGCACUCAGUUCGCAAGCUACCGCCCAGUGAGAAAGAUGAGUGGGUGCGGCAAGUAGAGCGCAAACAAGUCGCUGAAAAUGUUAAGGGAUUAGCAGAGUAUGCCCAAUUGAGAGUAAAGUCAUUGCGCAAGCGUGAUCGAUAUAACACACCUGCACCACCCAAAGAAGACCCAAAGUUUAACCCAAAAUUUGCACAUAAGAGAGCCUAUCCAGCAAAAGCACAGGCUGGGAAAUGUUCUUUAUGCGAUGGUACUGAAAAGCAUAAAGAGGGGGAUUGCCCAGUGUUUCUAGCCGCUGACCCUAACCAAAGAUGGGCACUAUUUAAGUCAAAAAACGUGUGUUUUGGGUGCUUACAAUUAGGACAUCAGCGCCGCCACUGCACUGUUUCAUCUAAGUGCGGAGUCAAUUCAUGCGAAAAGGGGCAUCACAAGUGGCGAUGAAGCCUCUGAGCCUAAGGGGGUUGACUGUGGCAAAGCACAAGUUUCAUCCUCAGGCUCUAGUAGAGUUGCCCUAAAAACUGCCAUAGUACCCUUUGUUAAGGAUUCAGGGGGGUUAGUCUUGGGAACUGUUCUUUUAGAUUCUGGUAGUGAAACAACUCUCAUUAGGUCUGGAUUUGCCAAACAAUUAGGGGUUCAAGGUCAAAGGCAAAAUCUCACUGUUGAUACUGUUGGAGGAGUGCGGACCACCCUCAAAUCUCAGCGUGUUUGUGUCCCAUUUCCACCAGCGGUCACUGAUAUUGGUGUUUAUGCAUGGACUAUGAAAAACAUAUGCGAACCGCUGCAGUUGGUCGAUUGGUCGGAGAUAAAGAAACAAUAUGAACAUUUGCAUGAUGUUCCAGUCAUGUCGGUAGGAGAAACAGCAGUGAAUGUGUUGUUAGGACUUGAUGCAUCAUCCUUGAUGGCGCCAUUGGAAGUGAGACCGGGCAAGCAUGGUGAGCCAUGUGCAGAGUUGACCCCACUUGGUUGGGUCAUUUCGGGUCCAGUGCCAACUACUACCAAACCAAUGAAACGUAUCUUACGUGUCCAUGUGGUAGAUGGUGAGGAAGAUGCCAAUCACCAAUUGCGAAAGUUAUGGGAGAUAGACAGUUUCGGUGUUCUUGUCGAGGCAAGCACAUCAUACACGCGUAGUGAACAGCGAGCUGUUGAUAUAAUGAAUGAAACAUGUCGUCGAGUGGAGUUGGGUUAUGAGCUGGGACUGCUAUGGAAAGCGGACAGACCGCUACUGCCUAACAAUUUCAAGUCAGCACUUAGCCGCCUGGAGUCGGUGGAACGCCGUUUGCAGAAGGAUCCCAAGUUAGCGGACGGUUAUUGCAAAGCCAUCAAUGCAUACGUGGAGAAAGGUUUUGCACGAAAGUUGUUGCCUGAGGAAUUUGCUACGGACGGAGAGCAAUGGCUACUGCCACAUCACCCCGUAAUCAAUUCGCACAAACCACUGCCAAGAGUUGUUUUCGAUUCCGCUGCCAAACACGACGGUGUUUGUCUCAACGACUGCCUUGAGACGGGGCCAAGUCUUCACAAUGAUCUUUCGGGCAUUCUGUUACGAUUUCGUGAAAGGCCCAUCGCACUUGUGGGAGACGUAUCAGAUAUGUUUUGCCAUGUUCUCGUCAAGGAGGAGAACCACAAGUAUCACCGUUACUUGUGGCGUGACAUGGAUUCAACAAGACCGCCAGACGUUUAUGAAAUGAACUGUUUGGUAUUUGGUGACAAGUCCUCACCCUGUGAAGCGAAUUUCGCAGUUAUCCGUACGACGGAAGACAACCAGGAUCAAUGGCCAGAAGCCGCAGUCAGGCGAGAUAUCUUCGUGCACGACUUCUACAGUUCCUGCAAUGAUGUGCCGCAGGCAGUUUCCUUGAGAGCUGAUGUCUCAUCCCUGAUGGUUAAGGGUGGUUUUCCUAUGCGAAAGUGGCUAUCCUCUUCACCGGAAGUGCUGGCAACGAUACCGGAAACCGAGUAUCUCGAAUGA